CCACCGCCGGGCCUCCAGGGGGCGCUGCGGGCGGGGACGUGACGUCAUAUCGGGCUGCCCGCGUGACGUCAGAGCGCGCCGCCACCAUGGAGCCGGGUCCCUGGGCCGUGGGCGAGCACACGGCGAUCCUGCACGGCGGGUUCCUGCUGGCCGCCCGGCUGCUCCAGCCGCGGGCGCUGCGGGAGCUGCGCAAGGCCGACUGGCCGCUGGCGGGGGUGCCCAUCACCGACGCGCUGCGGGAGAUCGGCGAGCGCUGCCCCUCGCCGCGGGAGCACGGCCGCUGGAAGCGGGAGGCCGUGGCCAUCGUCUGGGCCAAGGUGCUGCUGCCCGCGCCCCCGGCCGCCUCGCUGGAGUGGGGGUGGAGGGACGACGGCUUCUUCUCGGUGGGCGCGAUGAUCCCCGACGUGAACCACACCGCCCUCUUCGAGCUGGUCAAGGCUCUCGGAGUGCCCCGGGUGUUCGUGCAGCUGCUGCUGGCGCUGCCGCCGGGCGUGUGCCGGGAGCAGCUGGAGCACUUGGUGGCGUAUGUCGCCAGCGAGACGUCCUCGUCCGACAUCAAGCUGUUCCUGGACGUGUGGUGGGAGGUGAUGAAGCACAGGGAGGGGCAGGAGGACGCGACGGUCGCUGCGUUCAGCGCUCUCGUAAGCCAGCACGGGGGUGAGUCCUCUCUGGAUGACGGUCUGCAGCCCCCAAAGAGGUUCAAGGGUGACCCUGUGAACGUCCCCCCAGCUGCCCCCGGGCUGUUCAUGGUGCUGGUGGAGGGGCUGAAGCAGAUCCACGGGAGCAUCGCCCAGCCCCGCAUGCAGUGCUACGCCCUGGCCAACCUGGCCGAGCUGCUCUCCGUGUUCACCGAGCUGGAGCCAGCGGGCAGCUCCCUCCCCACCGCAGAGUACCUGGACAAGGUCAGUGCCACCGUCAGCCUCUGGACCAGCGACCCUGACAGCCAGUUCUACCACAGCGGGCUGGGAGAGAAGGUGAGGGAAGCAGAGAGAACCCUGAGCCUCCCGUGUGUGACCAAACUCUCCCGUGAGGAGCUCUUUGCUGGCUUGGAGUUUCUCCUGAGCUUGUUGCGUGCCUGGGGAGAGGAGCUGCAGGACGCUCUGAGCAGCUCUGAGCAGCUCUGCUAUGAGAGCUACCGGCUCCUGGACGCUCUGACCACCCUUGGGAAGAACCUGGUUUGCUUCUCGGAGACCAGAGACCUGGGUGAGGAUGAGACACGUGUGGUGUUAGAGCUCACACAGGUCACCAAGGACUUUCUCAAGGAGAGCAGUGCCAGCCCAAAGAGCAAGGGUUUGGCCACCAGCCUUGUGUCUUCAGUUGCCAUGGCAAUCAUUGCACAGAGGCUGGACCGGCAUGUGGACAUGUGCUCUGUUUUUGCAUCUGAAAAGACCUGGGCCUUUUCAAAGGCCUGGGUUGACUGCCUUGUGCAAAAUAAAGCUCUCUUCCAGAAACCAGAGCUGGUGUUGAAAUUGCUGGAGACACUGGUGAGCUUUGCUACGUCCUGUCAAGACAAGGAGGCCCGAGAUCUGCAGGUGCAAGUGACCAAAGCCAUCGUGGACUGUUACACCGAGCUUUCAUUACCCGACAAAAACAAGGUGAUCUCGGGUGUCCUGACGUCCUGGGGUGGACCAGGUCUGUCCCUGAACUUGCAGGUUGUCAGGGAGGGGUUCCAGGAGGAUCUGAAUGUGACUUUCAACCAGAUCACAAAGAGUGUGUCCGAUGAAGGCCUGACCAGGGCUGUGGCUUCUGUGGCCAGGCUCACACUGCUGUACCCUGAGGCCACAGUGAAGCAGGUUUGCCAUCUUGCUGUGGUCAACCUAGGAGCACACCAGUUCCUUGCACAAAUCCUCUGCUCCUUCCCAGCACUGAGCUUCCUGGAGACCCAAAAGGAUCCAGGCAGGCCACACAACCUGGUAGUGAGGUGUCUGGAGGAGGCAGUAUGGGGGAAGCUUUCCACUACAAGGGAAGAGGAGCAGUUCCUUCAGUUCCUGGCCUUUCUCAUGCAGCCAGGCUCAGCCACCCCACUUGUGUCCCCUGCAGAGGUGACCAAAGCUUUUGUCCUACCCUCUUUGAAGUCAGACUCUCCUCAGAUUGAGCUGAGCCUGCAGGUCCUCAGUAAGGCUUUGGGAAUACAGCCCUGUUCAGAAGAGCACUGGAUCAAAUCCUGUCACCCGUUCCCACUUGUACUGAGCCUCUGCAAGCUUCUAGAUGGUUACACCAGAUACUGGCAUCAGCCUAGGGAGCAGCUCUUCCCUUCACUGGAGACCAAAGACCUGAUUCUGAACAUCCUCUGCCAGCUCUGUGAGGUGGUGGGACCAGAAUCCGCCCCCUCCCCGGAGCUGUGGGUCCAGUCCCUGGCCUGGCUGCACAGGAAGGUGGCAUCCCUGGACUGGACCGUCGGGCUCAGACUGAAGAAGCUUUAUGGAGACCACUUCAAGAACGAGGUCCCGGCAACGCUGUUUGAGAUCUGCGCCCUCCCUGAGGACGAGUGGACAUCCCAGUCUUUGCCAGCCUACGGAGCGGGCAGCGGGCUCCUGGCAUGGAUGGAGUGCUGCUGCGUGUCCCCAGCGCUCAGGGACACGAUGCUGGCGCUCCUCACCGUCAACGUGGACAACCCUGAAGAAGUGAACCUCUUCAGCAAAGGGUUCCUGGUGGCCCUCGUUCAGGUGCUCCCCUGGUGCAGCCACAGCGAGUGGAAGAGGCUCGUGCUCGUGGUGGAAAACCUGCUGCAGAGGCAGGUCCUGCACGUGCCCUACACGCUGGAGUACGUGCAGUACAUGCCCCUGCUCAACCUCCGCCCCUUUGCCCGCUGCCUCCAGCUCUCCGUGCUCUUCCUGAGGGGCUUCCAGCUCCUCUGCAGCUCCAGCUGCUCCACCUGGCUGGCCCCAGAGGCUUGGCUGCACGUGGUGCAGCUCUACUGCGGCAGCCUGACGGACCUGCUGAGCUCCGUCAAGGGCGCGGCGGGGUCGCAGCCCGCCGGGGACGGGAGCUCCCCGCAGGAGGUGUCCUUCGUCUGCAUCCAGCUGUUCUGUCACCUGCUGCACGUGGCUGCCAUGCUGCCGGCCCGGGGCUGCGGGGAGCCCCUGCUGGUGGUGGCGCUGGAGGUCCUGUCGCAGUACGAGGCGUUCAGCGGCGCCGACGCGUCCCCCAGCGGCGCCCUGAGGAGGGCCAACGAGAGGCACUUCCUGGGGGCCAUCACGGACAACGUGGGGGACAGCGAGCUGCGCAGCACCCUCCUGCAGAAGCUCAGCAAGCUGGGGGCACGCCCGGCCGGGGAGCCGGAGUGAGGAGCUGGAGAGGGUGACAGAGGAGAGCACCGACAAGGGACGCCUUACCUGGACGGUGUAAGAUCUGUAAUAAACCCUAUUUUUCACUUUUGUAUUUA